CAACACCGGUCCACGAAAGCGGAACCAUUCUUUUCUCCCUUUUGCUAACACGGAGUUAUUUUGACGGCGCACCUGGCUGCGGUUCAACGCGGCGAGACAUGUCUUUAUCGGUUAAAUUAUUGUUGAAACACAGUUCUUAACUUAAAAAUAGCAGUGUCUAAUGUGAGGCUGUGAGUAGAGAUGGCGUUUCCUAUCCUGACAAAUGACGUUCGUCUGGAAGUGUCCCAGUGUAUCAGGAGCCUUUCUUCCUCAUCCCCUAAACAAGAUGCCAUCAGUGCUCUUCAAACAAUCCACUCCUAUUUGGAUGAAGGACCACUGAGUCCAACCACUUCCCCCCAGAGGACAGAGUUCAGGAAGUCUCACUUCACUCGCACCCUUCAGUUCCUGGUACACAACAUUCAGGCCGACUGGUUUCACAGCCUCACGGCUGCACAGCGCUCCGAAUUAUGGGAUAGCCUCUUCCUCCGUGGUCCUCCUGAACAAGCUCUCAUGGUACUGAUGGAGGGAAUCGGAGGGCUAAGGCUUGGCUCAAAUCUGGACCACUUGAUUAACAUCAUGGAGAGAUUCCUUCAAAGUGGUCUAAUGGCUGAUCUGUUGUGGUCCUACUGCCUGGAAACUGGACCCUCUGACUCCCCGCAGCUCAGAGAGGCUCUCCUAGCGCGAAUAGCGGCACUGCCGGACCUCAUUGCCAAUAAACUGCGUCACAAGAACAAACCCGCCUUUCUUCCUCAGCAGUACUAUCCUCUACUGGCUGCGGCCAUGCUCACUGCCUUGGAGCGCACAUGCAAGGCACUCAAAGAUGGCACAAGCUGUUCCUUGGUAUUUGUGUCUCAAACUCUUGGGAAACUAUGUGCUCAGGGACAUAGUGGUUUGAUGCUGGCAGUGAUGUGCCCUCGAAUGUCCGCCCUCACGCGCACAGACAUGGUGUGGCAGAGGGUUUGCUGGAAGCUUUUGGAAAACGUUCCGCAGCGAUGGAUGGAGAGUGUGCUCACCGGGCUGUUGCAGGCUGUUCGUGGGCCGGAUGCUUUGGGUAGAAUCAUAGGGAAUCUUGUGUUAACCAAUAAAACGGCCCAAUUUGUCAUUACACAUAAACUGCUCCUACUACAAUACAAAUAUGAAACUCGCACGUUGAGGGUUUUACUUGGUUACCUGGCUGCAGACAAGGACAGAAGACUGCUGUUAAUCCAAGUGUUGCGGUCUGUAUCCCAAGCGUGGGCCAAUCCCAGCGCGGUGAAACACACACCUUUGGAGCAGCAGCUGUACGUCAGCAAGACGCUGCUGCUGUGCGUCCGUCUGCUGGAUGACGCUGAGCUGCAGGAGUUACGCUCAGAGCUGCUGCAGUGCAUGCUGGGAGGCAUGCAGAGCCACCUGGAUAGCAAUGUGGUGCGUGUCAGGCACAUGGGCAUGGUGGUGGGGGAGUGUCUGAGCUCCCGCAUGAACAUUAACGGAACCAAGCUCACGUUUGAGUAUGAACCGGAUGAGGAAACUCAAGAACUUCUUUCUCUUAUGACUUAUGACGAACCAGAGCUUGACUCUGAAGAUGGGAUCAUCCCUCCUCAAGAGAUCACAGCAAGCCCAUCCACAUCACAAAAUAUAUCAGAAAAGGCGCCAUUGGAAAAUGAUGCAGAUUCUGAACUAGAUAGCGAUGACGAGCUGACCCCUUACGACAUGUCGGCGGAUAAGGAAAUUAAUAAAGUCUCGCCACCUCGCUACUUGCGAGACUGUCUGGAAAACAUGAUUUGCUCUGAGGAGCCGGAGCGCGUGGAGCUCAGCUUGCGGGUCACUGAGGGUCUGGUGAGAAAGAACGCCUUUGCAACCAAAGAGAUCAGUGUCCAGCUAACCAAAGUCCUCCUCCACAUGGAGGAUAAAUAUAGCAUAAAUGGCUUUCUGGCGCUUAGACAGGCUAUCAUGGUGGCGCUCGUAGUCACUGACUGCAUCCCGGUGACCGAGUACCUCACUACAGAGUUUUACUCCUUAAACUACAGCCUUCGACAGCGACUGGACAUCUUGGAGGUUCUUGCUGCAGCAGCUCAGGAGCUCUCUAAGCCAACCCCAGGCAACACCGAUCCAACCGUAGCCACAGAUUUGACUCCAUAUUCGGCUAAGAACACUGCGGCCUGGCAGCAGAUUGUUGAGAAGCGCAUUCAAGCAAAGACCAAGCGUAUCAGUAAGGGAAUCACCAAGCUUCCAGCUCAGGCCACACCCAACCGCUAUUCACCGGUGGCUGGAUAUUUCUUUUUCCCUCUCCUCAGGAAUUAUGACAAGCCUCAGGUUACCUUUGACCUAUUGGGGAAUGACCACCUAGUAUUGGGCAGGCUGAUCCACACUUUGGGGCUCUUUAUGCAUCUGGCAGUGAACACUCCAAUAGCUGCACAAAUGGGUCAUGCCCUGCUAGAUUUUGUGUGGACGUUACGCUACCAUGCUGACCAGGUGGUAAGACGAGGCGUUCUCUUUGCUGUAUGCUCCGUUUUUCUGGCCAUGCCCAGUCAAAACCUUCUGGUGGACCUUGCAGAUCAGCUAUUUGAGACCAGAUCUUGGCUGGCAGAUGUGGCUGAGGGGGAUCUGGAUGCAGACUGCAGGAGUUUGGCUGUGCAGAGUUUGGUAGUGAUGGAUAAGAGCUUGAAGAAACAGUUGAAAACCCCACAAGUCCUCAGCAUUGACUCUUGAUCACAACUGAAAACUACACAAAGUGAAACUAAACACCCAGUUUUUAGAAGAACUGCAUCAUACCCAAGUGGUGUUCUGAAUGUACAUCAUGAAUACACAAGGUCAAAUAUGGA